UGUGAGUGUCAGUGAGGCUCGAAAUCCACCCAGGAUCGCGAAUCUUUCUCUUCAGCCCGUUAACCCUCAGCUCGCCAACAGACUCCAAGACAAGACACCUGUAGUCACGUCCAGUCCCGACAACACAAGUCCUUUUUUUCAAGAUGGCUCACCCCGGAUCUCAGAUCUCCAAGAGGAGAAAGUUCGUCGCUGACGGUGUCUUCUACGCCGAGCUCAACGAGUUCUUCCAGCGCGAGCUCGCUGAGGAGGGUUACUCCGGCGUCGAGGUCCGCGUCACCCCCACCGUUACCGACAUCAUCAUCCGAGCCACCCACACCCAGGAGGUUCUCGGCGAGCAGGGCCGCCGCAUUCGUGAGCUCACCUCGCUCAUCCAGAAGCGAUUCAAGUUCCCCGAGAACUCCGUCUCCCUCUACGCCGCCAAGGUCCAGAACCGUGGUCUCUCCGCUGUCGCUCAGUGCGAGUCCCUCCGAUACAAGCUUCUCAACGGUCUCGCCGUUCGACGUGCCUGCUAUGGUGUCCUCCGUUUCAUCAUGGAGUCCGGCGCCAAGGGUUGUGAGGUUGUUGUCUCUGGUAAGCUCCGUGCUGCCCGUGCCAAGUCCAUGAAGUUCACCGACGGCUUCAUGAUUCACUCUGGUCAGCCCGCCAAGGACUUCAUUGACCACGCCACCCGCCACGUCCUUCUCCGACAGGGUGUCUUGGGUAUCAAGGUCAAGAUCAUGCGCGGCUCCGACCCCGAGGGCAAGGCUGGUCCCCAGAAGACUCUCCCUGACGCUGUCACCAUCAUCGAGCCCAAGGAGGAGCAGGCUGUUCUCCAGCCCGUCAGCCAAGACUACGGCGCUAAGGCCGCCCAGGCUGCUCAGGCUGCUCAGGAUGCCCGCGUUGCUGAGGAGGAGGGUGGUGAGGAGGUCCAGGCUGUUGAGCAAUAGAGUGCUUAAAUCAUUAGGCUCGGAAAAGCCACCAAAACCUUACGAAGGAAGAUGGGAGACCCGUGGGAUGAGGGACGGAGGUCUACUCAGGCGUCAAUUGUUCAUUUGCAUCUGCUAAGGGCACGGAAGGUUUCAUUCUUGCUUGUAAUGGUAGGCAAAGCAUAAAAGAGAAAAAAUGAGACCCAAAGAUUACGACGACACGUCAUAUGGCCGUGUCUUCUGUCUACCAAUCCCUCGACUCCA